GUGGGAAUAGGAAAAAUGCAAUUAUUUUGUGUUAAUCUUUUAGUCAUUUUAUUCAUUUUCAUUUUAUCGGCACAGUUAAAUGUGGACGGUCAAUUGUUGUCAUCGGAAUACGAAGUACAUUCAAAUGAAACCCACGACACAAACCUGCCAACGUUGAAGAGAGGCAAACGAUAUUUGGAUUUCACCAAAGGAUCUCGUAUGUCGUGGCGUACCACAGUUAAAAACAACAUUCUUAAAGUGAAUACAUUGUGGGGCUAUGGUUUUGGUUUUCGUGCCAAUUUUCCAUUUCCAGAUAAGGCAGAUCGUAGGAGGCCGUUUUUCAAAAGAGAUGUUUUUCAAUCAUUAACAGAUGUUUUAGAUGGUAAUGGUCUGGAUGGUCAGGCUUGUGUAUUGAAAUCAUAUUGUACAGCCCAUUUGGAUGCGGAAAGUGAAUUCAGUAGUGGAAUGUUGUUCAAACUCUUAAAAUAUAUAUUUACUUUAGAUGAUGACGACAAACGACAUUUUCCCUAUUUGAGACAUGAUAAUUGCCACCAAAUACUACACAGUCAUUGUCCACUCAGCUUUAAUAAUAUAUCGCCAUUCACGGAUGAUGUGUAAUCGGAUGCAAAUAUUGGAUUGAAUUUUAAAUAAAAAAUUAAGAGACGUUUCUAAAAA